UCACGAUAAAGGAUGUUUGUAUGAUCUUGUGAUCCCACUUUUCGAGCAGGAUCUCUUGAUAUUGCAAGAAUGCACACUAAGGACUAAGAGCGGACAACUCAAUACAAGACCUUCCAGGUGAUGGAUUUUACCCAUCCAAGAAGCUGAUGUCCUUUCCAUUCAAUAAACCCUUCCUUUGUCUAUUUUUCAGCCUUGCAUUGCUAUUGAAGCAUUGUGCCCAUUUUCCGAUUUCAGGGCUCUGAACAAGUCGCUUAUUUGGAGGGCUCCCUGGGAGCUCGCUUCUGUACUGUCAGCAGGCUGCCUCCUUGCAGCUGGCUCCACUGAAAACUCAGCGACGCAGAUAAACAACGCUCUGGCAGUUGGCAGCCGAAGAUCACAAACUCCAUGUCCCAUCCCCUGUAUAACCCCUAUGCCUCCGGGAACCAAAGUUCCAACCAGGGGCAGUAUGGACUCUCCGGUGGACCGGCAGAGAAGGACCAUCAGAGAGCGUCUUCUAGUGCUGGACCUGGGUCCAUCUUCAGCUUUUGUGGAACUUCUUCUGGGACUUCUGCCAACUCUGGGGGAAUAAUUCCGUCACUGCUGCCUCAGUCGAUAAGCUACGGGCCUGAACCGAGUAGGGCCAUUAUAGACAAGAACAUGGAGAGGUCUAUAGACAUGCAUAUUGGUAGAGCCAGAGAGGAGGUGAGGCUACUUGGCAAACCAAUGCAACAGCCCAUAGACUCUCGCUUGACCAGGAUUCAAAGGGAGUGUCUCUCCUCAGGCACAGGGAUGGUCUCCUACCCAAUGUCCUCAACCUCUGCCUCUCUAGGACGUAGAUACCCGGGAGUUGAAAGUGGCAGUAGGUCCUCGGACUGGUCAUCGAACUACGAAAGGCCCACUGCCGAUGAACCCUCUAAAUUUUAUUCAACGUCUGCUUCGUCUUCUUUUUCAAGAAGUGCUGACAAUGUUUUAAUUUCCUCCAGUGAAAGAGAACAUGUAAUGCAGUCUCUUCCAGGGUUAGGUAAUGUUGAGUAUCCAUUGUCAGACAAGCCUGCGGCCCGUACAGAGUCGGAAUUAGCUUCUAACAUCCUUCUGCGUUUUGGACUUGAAAAAGAGGACUUGGACCAUCUUGUCAACUACCCUGAAGACCAGAUCACCCCUGCUAACCUGCCGUACAUCUUGCGGCAAAUUCGCCUUGAGAAGACCAAAAGAGCUACGACUGCAGUGCAGCCGAAACCCUGUUCCGAUCCCCAACCCACCAGAAUGAGUCAUUCUGGAGGGGUAGGGAUGCGCCAGGAGGAAAUAUCAUCCGCAGUCCUCAAGCAAAGUAAAGUGAUUGACUGUGGACAAAGUGACAAAUAUACUGGAGGGGCUGGAGAGGAGAUUGGAAGUAUCAGUCGCAGUAGAGAAAACUGUGGUGGCAGUGGAAGUAUGUUGCUAAUUUACACUUAUGGUAGUAGCAGACAUAUUGAAGAACCACCGCAAAAAACAGUUGAAAGCACUGCCUUGGGUUUUUCACGUGACCAGGCGAGUUCUGUUUCCAGUCUCAGCUCUUUGUACAGUUCAAAACUGAGCUCUGUGGCUCCCCCAAGCAAUGAUCAGACAAAAUUGGAGAUCCAACCAAACCACAGUUCCCAAACAAUUCUGAGCUCUUCUUCUCUGCCAAAGACAGACACGGACAUCAGCGCUGUCAAGUCUGAAGCCUCCAAACCCGAUGCUUUGAAAGAACCGGAGGCAGAUCGCCAGUCAACAACGAAAACCCAACCACCAUGCACUUUGUACUGUGGUGUGCAACCCAGCAGACCGGACCCUGUGCUCAUUGGCAGUAAUGACACCAGUGGCAAUAAGGAUCAGAAUAAACCUAAAGCACAAGGGUCAAUUACUGGAAAGAUUAAUAAGCAGCAACCAAUAUCACAGAUGCAGCAGACAGAGAAGCAGCCAGUAUCACAGACGGGGCAAGCGAUUUUGCCUUCAGUCUUUUCUGCUACCGAAUCGGUUCCCCCUGCUCUUCACAUUCCCAGCAUCACUGGUGCCAUGCAACAUCUGCCAUUCAUCCCGGUUGGUCCUCCCCCCAUCGUUAGUCGUCCAGAUCUGCCUCAGCCAAUCCCAGACCUGGUGGAGAUCAUUGAUCUGACGCUGUCACCCACCAGCGAGCAGCCUCCGGCAAAAGUUUCAGUCUCCAGGGACCUGCCAACAGCGGCCAUGAUGCGUGACGGUGCUGCGGCCACACCGAGAAUCUUUCCACAUACCUGUUGUCUGUGUAACACAGAAUGUCUUAAAAUCAAGGUGAGUGGAAGUAUGCACUCUGUUGUCUCUCCCUUUAGGAAAGUUCCAGCACUGACAGCUAUGCCAUCAUUGUCUAGUUUUAGGCAGAUGACGUUAUUGGUGAUAACAGUUGUGGUGAUAAUUAGGCCUUUCUAAAUAGCUGUGCGUUCGAUGUUCUGACUACUAGGAUUGGGUCUACCACCAGAACACCAGCUUUCACCUUGAGAGCUGCAAGGUCCUCCGUAAACGAUACCCGGAGUGGGAUGGUGAGAUUCCAAGCAGGACC